AUGGGAAAUCAUAAAAGACUUCGCGAUGAAUCGAUUAGUUCUGAUAUCGAAGUUGAUAAAACACCUAUUUUAACACAAACACAACUUGAGCAAAUCACCCAAAAUGUUGUCCAACUUCUGACACCCAUUAUUGAAACAACAAUUAAAACAUUAUUUGAACAAUUACAUCAGAAAUACAACAACAACCAACUCCCUUCCCAAACACAACAAUCAACUUCUCGAUGGGGUUGCCCCCCAAACUUAAUGCCACCAAAAAUUAAACAAGCUGCAAUGACAAUUGAACAUCUUCAACAGCCCGUAUUUGAUGAAAAUUUGAAAGAACUUUAUAAAAAGAAGAGUUUUUACGCAGUCAUUGAAAGAUUUCCAGAAUUGGAAAAUGAGGAAGAAGACUUAAAGAACAUAGAAAGAAAUGUUCAAAUAGUAAUAAACAACAAAAACUUUAAGGAAGCAAAAAAUUUCGAAGUUAAACGACACGGGAUCAAGAAGCAAAACAAUUAUCAUCGAAUCAUCAAAGUUAAAUUUUCGACUCCAGCUGCCGCACAUUCAUUUAUUAAUCAAUAUAGAACAAUACACAAACCUACCUUAGGUGGGCAUAGUCCUUUCGCAAGAAGGGACUUAACCCCACCUGAACUACAACUACAAAAUUACCUCAAACAACAGGUUAAAGAAAUUAAUGCAAAACAUGGAAAUGGCACAGCUUGUUACCGUAAUCUUAAAAUUUAUUAUAAAAAGCAAGUGAACUUGGACUAG